AUGAUUGAUCGAGCACGCUACCAACCUAUGAUACCCCUGGACCAUUCACGAUACCCCUCGACGACGAGCACGACACUUUCGCUCGACUGUACUUAUACCACACGCAUGAAGGAACUACGACCUAAAUCGUACUUUCUGCAGAACCAGUCCGACCCUGCUGUGCUGCCUUCCCAUCUCCCCCUCAGCUUCUCCAUCCUCCAUUCCUCUCCUCCCGUCCCAAUCGCUCGUGUUGAGCUCAUCUCUCGUACGGUCCUGGCUUAUAGAGUCACCCGCUGCCUUUUCCAAUGGGCUGUCGUGGCGCUCGCUGGGACCAAGAUCAACCUCCUCGAUCACCGGAUCAUUUGGACAAGAAAGCUGACAAGCAUCCUUGUCUGGAAGAUUGGGUGA